AUGCCUUCUCUUGUCGACCUCCUGAUCAAUGGCGACGCAUCCUCGCACUCUCUCUUGGCAGGCAAGACCAAGGUUGGGCUCCUCCUCACUCUCCAAGUCGCCAUCUCCAACCUCUACAAAGUCUUGAGCGCUGUUGUGUCAUGGGACCCUUUGCGAUCAGACAUGUCGGAGAAGAGGCUGGGCGAAUGCGCUCGGCCAUCGAAACAGGUCCCUCGCAGACGCCACAGCGAGCUCAUCAUGAAGACGCAUCCUCCAGCCUCCCCAGCUCGCAGCUUACGAGCCCCCAACGAUUCUGCUCGGAUGACCGCAGUUGGCGAGCAGAGAAGACCGCAAGUCAUGGCGAGCGGCUGCAUACUGAUGCAGCACUCAGCCCAUCAGAUGACAAGCUGCAACUGCCGUCGCUGCUUGGCUCGUAUCCAAUCAGAGCUCCUUGCCUCAUUCGAGGAGGCUCGAGCGCAAGGACACAUUGUUGUCACAUCUCAGCGCCAGGAGAAGGCGGCAGGUCAAGCGCAGGGAUGGAGGAGACGGGAUGCUUGA